UGAUCGCGUUGAGUCGCUUACGCCCGAGACUGCGCUAUACGACGCCACUCCUAGUUUAUUACUUGAUUACAUACUGUUACAAAACACUAAACGUGUCUAAAAUAUUACUAAAACAGAGACAUCACCGUAACGCCACUCCUCUUAAAUUAAAUAUUUUUCAUAGUGAGUGCUGUGAACAACUGUCAAGAUGAUAGACGAUAAUUGAACGCGAACCGGUUACUUUAUUUUAUUAAAAAAUAUAUACCAAUUUCUCGGAGUGACUAAAAAUUAAUCAAGAAAAUGGGAAACUUCCAUUGACCGUUGAGGGCGGAGAGGCUCAUACAAACACAUUCGACCUAUCAAUGCUAAAUUACAGACUAGUGUCAACACAUUUCUUGAAGCAACCGUAAAUUUUGGAAGCUAAUAUUUAUAUUGACUGUUUGUGCGGUGUCAAUAUGUGUCGGGAUCGUGACAUGGCGGCGCAAAGGAGUGAUAUCAUCAAAUAAAACUUUAUCUACUAACAAUAAUACGCAUUAGACUGUAAUAGAUAGUUCAGUGUCAAGUUUUCCGUCAAAACGGCGACCGAAUUCGCUCCGCCGUUUCGUUUUGUUUCUUUCAUUUUGUUUUAUAUAAAAGGAUAAGCAAUAAACCAGUUGCAUAGUGUUUGUCUGUGGAUUCAGGGGGUUUUGCCGCUGUGCGGGCCCCACUAGCGCUAAUCUGGCCAGCCGCACUCGGGACAGCAUUUCCAGGAUAUUGGACUCCAUAGUUGGCGCUGCAAGAUACUGCAUUUGCUGCGAGAGAGACGAGACACCGGAGAAGGAGACAGAAGAUAUGGCUGCGCCGGAGUGCGAGCGGGAGGCCCGCAAGCGACGCGAGCGCCGCGAUUCGGGUGGUGUCCAUGAGAGGAAAGAAAGAAGGUCCCGCAGCGAAGAACGCCUACCGCCACCACCGCCACCGCCACCGCUUCAGGACUAUAACCGACUUGAGUCGGAGCGUCGAGCUGAGCGGUUGUCUCGAGCACGUCAUCCACAAUUUGGCAUGAAACGUCGGCGUGCUACAAAGCCACAUAAAAAUCCCAAAGAAAACGACGGCUUCACAAUCGUUGAUGAUACGAACAAUAUUCAAAUAGAAUUCGCCUGUUCUGAUCUACGGAGUCGCCAAAUCAGCGAUGAGCCCGAAACUCUGGACGCAGCAGCGCUGCAACGUCAAGUUGGAAGAGUGGUCAGUGUUGACAGCGCUGAUGGCGAUGUGGUAUUAGCUGUUGUUGAACGAGUUCGGCGAGAUGAACGUAGCGCUGCAGCCAGGCCCAAGCCUCGACGUGAUCAGAUCUGCCCGGAGACCAGGCUCACGAAAAUUCAUAGGAAGAUGAACGCUCUCAAGAAAACCAUCGCUAAGUAUGAAAGUGAUUAUGAAGCAAACAACGGCCAUGCACUGACACCUGGGGAUCGCAUUACUGAUGUUCAAUUAACAAGAAUGUAUGAGAAAAUAAAGAAACUGCAGACAGAGAAACGCUUGAUUAGAGCCGAUCCAGUAGAAUACACUAUAAAACUUCACGCAGCCAAACAACAGAAGGAGAGAGAUCUAAAGCUGAAUAUUGCAUUGAAAAGUGACAAACCUAUGACUGAACUCGUUUUGGAUAUUGAAGAGUGGCUCGAAGGCAGUCGUCAAGCAUCUGGUAGAUCGGGAUUACCUGAAUCCAGCUGGUCUCCUGAAGAAUGGGCUGCAGAAAAACAUUGUAUACAGAGAGCACUGUGUCGCCUGGAGACAGCCAGGGGCAGGCCGGCUGCGAACACUCCAGACCGUGACGCGGCCAGACCUCUAUACGAUAGAUACAGAGAUGUCAAGAAAUGCGUGUCUAACUUCAGACCUGAUUCAACAAAAGGAGCUAAUGGUGAACUUGCAACAAUUCACGAGCACGAGGCGAUGUUAUUUAGUGUCGACAGUUCCAGUGACUCUCAGGAGAAACCGUCAGAUUCUUCCCAGGAGACUGUAGAGACGCCUCUACAGUCGCCCCCGAACCCAGAGGUCGCUGGAAUCAUAAGUGGAGAAGAGAGGCCAUCCUCAACGUCAUCUGCACAAUCUGGCGAUGAACCCGGCCCUUCAAAUGAAGGGCUGCAUUGUCUUGGGCUCGAUGACCUCACUAAGGCACUAACAGAUGCUAAAAUGCAGAAAUGUGUACUUCGUCGCAGCAUUAAGGAGUACGAAGUAAGUUUCGAAGUUCAAAACUGCAGAAAAGUUCAAAGAGACGACAAGAAGGGCCACGAAGACGAGUAUCUUCGGUACAAAGCAGUAAAAGCUAGGAUAAAGUUGCUGAAUGCACUUAUUGAUAAACAAAAGCGUUUGACUUAAGCACCUUUAUAAAGUCUUAAUCAUUUCAA